GCAUAGCAGCAGAGCCAGAAGAUGACCUGAAUUUUGACUGGGCUCCUGUCCAGGUCCAGGACUAUGGCACUCCAAUGUUCGGUGAUGAACUCAGAGGGCGCUUCGCUGCCUGCACCCAGAGCCAACCAUGCAUCCUGUUGGACCGAUAACAAGCUGGUUGUGUAUGGUGGUAAUGGACCAUGCAAGAAUCAGAACUGCCUUGAGGAUGUAUGGGUCAUGGAUACUGGGACUAUGACAUGGACAGAGGUUAAGGGUCAUGGAGCAUUACCAGGUGCUCGCUGUCACCAUACAAUGGAUGUCAUAGGCAACAAAGCUUGGGUCUUUGGAGGAUGGACAGGAAAGAGACGCUGUAAUUUUCUACACUGUCUUGACGUGGAAUCAGAGACCUGGACAGACUACACCUCAAGGAUGACUCACAUUGAUACCCACACCAGUCAUGCUUCUACCGUCCUGGACGACCAUACCAUCCUAGUUCUGGGUCGGGGUGAGACAGGAACCCAUGCAAAGUAUGGAUGCAACAUUGACUUCCUGGACACCCGGACACUCAAAUGGACCAACUAUCCAGGAAGCACGAUAUCGCGUGCUGGCCAUACCCUGAACUUCUUGCCAAGUGUCUCUACAAGCUAUGCGGUUGCGUACGGUGGUCGGCAAAGACAUCCUGUGGAGCAUAUCACAACCUGUAAGGUGAAGACACCAUCUGUUUCGCCGUUUCAGUCAGGAUUGCCGACUUCCGUGCUGGAAGAGGCUAAAACCGCGGACGUUCCUGCAGGACGAAGCUAUCACAGUGCUACCUCCGUUGGAGGGACACUUCUCAUCUAUGGAGGAUUCAUACAAGGGAAGUCAGUGCGAGGACUUGUGGACGGUGUCAAUGAAGUCUUUGUAUUUGAUGCAAAGAAAGGACAGUGGAUGUCUCCUGCAGUCAAGGGAGACUGGCCGAAGCGUGCAGGACACACAGCGGACAGGAUUGGAGAAAACAAAGUGCUACUUUUUGGAGGGGAACAUUCCAAUAAGCAAUAUAAUGAUUGUCAUGUUAUUACAUGGUAGAACCAGUUUUGUACCUUGCUGUACAUAGGUUUUGUAUUCAUUCAUGAAAAUGCUUCUCUUUGCUGUUGUUUAGUUUGGAAUACUGUAUUUUGUUUAUCGGAGUAGUGUUCAUCUUAAAAUCUACACUGGGUCUACUUAGUCUUUUCAUUCAUUUUUAGAUAAAUGUACUAUGCAUUUGGAUUGUUGUUUCAGUUUAUUGUUCAUUCUGUCGUAUAUAGACAUAUGAUUUUUCUUGCAUCAAAGCAUAUCGGGCUUUUGUAUUCAUAUUGAAUUUCAAUUCAAAAUCUAACAUUUUAUUAUUCUUUCUUGUUGAUUUCAGAUAUUUAAAGCAAGGUAUCCAUAUAUAUUUCAUCUUUACUUGGAUAAUUGUUAAUGAAAAGAUCAUAAUGGUUCCCAUUCGUUUUUCAAGCAUUUCUUUCAGAACAACAUUUGUGACAUACUCCCUGACAAACCGCCACUCAGGGGAAUUUCAGUCAUUGUUAUUGCACUGCAAAAACGCCGUUGUUAAUUUAAAUCCAGCCUGGUAUAUAUAUCGGUCCACACCAGAAAGGUGUUGAAAUAACACUGGUUUGGCGUUAGACUAACACCAACUUGGCAUUUAGCCAACACCAUUUAGUGUUAAACCGAUAUCAGUUUGAUUCUUAAUCGGUGUUGUUUCAACACCUCUCUGGUGUUGACUGAUAUAGAUACCAGGCCGGCGGCUGAAUUAACACCAGCAUUUUUGCAGUGUGGAUUAAGCUUCUUUUUAGCUCAUCCGGCCCGAAGGGCAAGAUGAGCUUAUGCCGUGGCGUGGCGUCCGUCGUCUGUCGUCC